AUUUGAUUAAACAAGUAGAAUGGAGAAUUACCGCUCUCUGCCAGAUGCUUUGGUAACAAAGAUUCUAGUGAGGCUACCUGUGGAAUCUCUUGCACGAUUCAAAUGUGUGCGUAAGAAUUGGUACUCGCUUAUUACAACUUCUUCUUUUGUUAGAGAACACCUCAAUCACUUGGAAAAAAAUCCAACCCGUCUUUUAUUACACUUUCACGACAUUCGUUCACAAUCAAGCACCUCUCUUCUUCUGCCCGAGAAAAUAUUGCCCGGUGUGAUUUCCCUGCAUGAAAAGCCUAGUUAUUUACAGAUACCUGCUCAAUUGACUGAGAUCGUUGGUCCUGUCGAUGGUAUAUAUUUCAUGUACAAAAAGUUGAGUUCUGAUAAUCGUAUGGCUCUGUGGAACCCAACUCUAAGAGAGUUUAGGCCACUUCAACCAUAUAACAUCAAAAUCAGCAUGCCUCGUGGUCACUUUAGACAUAUAUUUGGCUUUGGGUUUGAUCCAUUAAGUCAAGAUUACAAAGUGGUCUACGUUAUGAAUUAUUGGAAUCAAGAAGAGUACGGGAACAUUGAUCGUGUGUUUGCUGCCGUUUACUCUUUAGGCAAAGACUGUUGGAGAAAUUUAGCAUGCAGCUUUGACAAUAGAGGUCCUUCAUGCAUGGAAAACUCCUUGUGCUCAACCUGUGUUAAUGGAGUUUAUUACUGGAGUACAUUAAGCAGUGGUGCAAUUGCUUUGCAACCAGUCCUUCUAAUUCGAUAUUUCAACAUGUAAAAUGAAGUGUUUGGUGAGAU